AGCAUUCUCAGCUGGCAGAGGCAAACUGUGUGAGAACACUGAGGCUAGAGCGCGCACACACAGAUUUCCUCAUAUGACAUAACUUAUCUUUCCAUAACAUUGCUGCUGAGUUAGUGAAGUUUAAGAAGACUUAUUAAGGGGGUUCUUGUAUUUUAGACUACAGCUAAAGAUUGUGAGCCUUUUUAAAAACAAAAACAAAAAAAAAUCACCUGGAAUAUCUCUUGGAUUGGAUUACCUGAGGUGUCAUCCUUAACAACAAGGCUGUGUGGAGCUGACAACAGUAUGGCUGUGAUCCUGUGGGCAAUGGGUCUCUCUCUGCUUGCUCAGUGCUGUCUGUGCAGUGUUGAACAGGUCGGCUGUUUAAAAUGGAGACAAGAUGGGAACAAUGUCUGCUGUGACGCCUGUCAUCCUGGAAACCGCCUGGUCAGAGAGUGUGGCCCAAGUCCAAAAGAUCUCUGUAAGCCUUGUGAGCCCAAAAGAUUUACAACUAAUCCCAAAGACUACAGGUGCAAACAGUGUACACAGUGUGUAGGUGCUUUAGUUCUAGUGAAAGAAUGCACAUCCACUACUGACACACAGUGUGGUUGCAAAGAAGGACUCAUGUGUGGUGAUGCCGUUUGUUCAUUCUGUAUCAAGAGGUGCGACAAAGGUCAGGAGCCUACAGAGAACCGUUCUUGCAAGUCAUGUCCAGAGGGAACCUUCAACAACCAAAUUCACCAAAAGUGUAAACCCUGGAGCAAGUGUCCAGGUGUCAUUGAAUCCCGGGGAGAUGCUUUUAAUGACGUCAAGUGUGCUAAUGUUUCUGUUGAACCAGUGAUCAAGCCAGCUAAACCUGAUGACCAGGAACAGACGUGGCCGCUGGUCGUAUCUGUGGCCACCAGUGUUUUUCUGAUAGCCUUCACCAUCGUCACCAUCGUCGUGGUGACUGUGAAAAUCCACCAGAAAAGACAGAAGACUAAAAAGCUGAACAGAAAAACACCGAUCGUCAAAACACCGAUCGUCAAAACACCGAUCAUCAGGACCCCUACAGAUGACCCCGCAACAUUAAUAGCAAUUGAGUGUAGUUUCCACGAGGCCCAGCAAGAGCAGGGCAGCAGCUCAGAGUCACUUGACUCCAAAGAAUCCACAGAUCAGCUCAUUGGAUCAAUGGAAAGGGGAACUGGAACACUGCCACGCUGAAAAACCUGUUGAGGUUUUAAGUCUAUAAAAGGGAAAAACUAUCCUAAAUAAGAUGGGGUCAUUCUUUGUGAUGCUGAGUCACAAGUUUCAGGGAUGUCUUUGUGCCAAUUUGCUUGGAUCUAAAUGAAAGAAAAAAAGUAGUAUAAUGAUCCAGCUGUCUUUUAGUCACCCUCUUUUCUUUCAAAAAGCAACUUUGCUCUACAGUUACACCAGGAUAUUCUCGUGAAUAUACAGUAAAUAGACAAAUGGGAAGGAGGGGAAAUUUGAAGGGAAAAAACAGUGGACAGCCUAUUCAUUAUGUAAAUUCUAACAGACAGAGCGAGGCUGUGUGUUUUCCCUUUUCACUUACAGUAGUAAUACAUUAGCCCUAAUACAAAUAUGGAGUAAUAAUUCAGUAAUAAUAAAACAGAAACCUUACAUUUAAAUUGUAGCUUUCGGAAAUCAUUCGAAAUAAGCAUGUUUGUUUUACUUCUGACUUUUUAACUACUUCCAAACUACUUUGAAGUCACUGGAUUGUGUAAAUGACUACUGUAGUUCAUGAAUGAGUAGGAUUGAGUUUCACUUACAUGACGUCUCUUUUAAUAUUUGCAUGUCGGAGCGGUAAAGCUGCAGAGCGUUUGCUGUGUGAAUGUACAGUGCAGGAGGGUGGUUGGCUGUGUCUGACUACAGGUUUACACUCACAGUAAUGCUGAGCCCACGUAUGCCUCCCAGAAUAGAUGUAGAUUGUAUUACUCAGGUUGCAAUGCUCGAGACCUAGUUACCGACUGUUUACUGCUGAAUUUGUAAAUGUAUAACGGAUGUUGAAGAAGCCAGGCAAGAACAAUGCUAUCUUGAUCAUGAUUUUAUGUGGUAAUUUAUAAGGAAAUGGUUAAUGUGUUACUUUUGUGUGCGUUUUUAUUAUUUAUAUUUGUCUAUUCCUGUAGACUAUAUUGUGUGAUAGAUUGUGAAAGAGACAGGGCACACAAGACUGUACUGUAAAGCUACUUUAUCAGGCUGAAGACAGCAUGAUAUAUAGCCUCUUCCCCUACAUGACAAGGAAUUAUAUGUACUUUCCAACUAUUGCUUAAUUGAUGUGAAAAAGUCCAGUGAGGGGAGUUUCCCUUUUUGUCAAUAGGGUAUCCUACAACACAUUAAAUUGAAGUACCAGGAAGUCUACAGUCUGCAUACCACCUACUAUACAAUGGCCCACUUUUAAGAAGGUUAAAGUUGGUUUUGUUUAUUAGCACUCCUACAGCAAGCUGACACAUGCCCAGUGAGCAACACGAUAAGAAUCCCGAAUGGAAACAAUACCAGCUGUGAUUUGUCAUGUGUUGCACAUAGAUUGUUGAAAUUAGUCGUGAGAAUUCCUCUGGACAAAUAUGAUACAUACAAGACAUCAACACGAGGCUCAAGCUUGGUGUGGAAACUCCCCAGUCACCCUUAUUCUACUUUUUGCUUAUCUUCUAGCACAGCAGAGUGGGCAGCAAUAUCAGACCAAGUGGAACUUCUUUUUUAAAAACAUGUCUUUUUCUAAACUGUAGCAGGCGAAUAUGCAAUGGAACAUUUGAGAAAUGUGCUUGUGUAGGCUUUAGGUGAUAAUGUUAGCCCACACCUAUAGUAAUGUAUCACUAUGUAUGAGUCAGAACUCGAAUGAAGUCUGUUGAAAGACCACAAAGUUCACAGGUGGGGCCUGUGCAGACGGUUUACCAAAAUAGCGAUAGAGUGACAGUGUAGCACUUUCCUUCACAUAUCAACUGUUAGCAGGUUAAUGUUAUGCACUUUUGGUUGUUUGUUACGUGAAUAUGUCUACCAGACUUUUAUAUCUAUUUUCUUUACACUGUACCUCUAACUUUGUAAACAGCCAAUAAAGAAUGUGUUUUUUUU